CCUCGCGUGCGGACGACCGCUUUCACUGGGAGCCAGCGAGACCGAUGUGCUUCGUUGACAAACAAUGAGUAUCCGUCAGAAAUAAAUGGUUGCCAGACGCGGUGGGUUGGGGGUGUGUGUGGGGAAACGCUACUUUGUUGACGACGAGCGGCACUAAAAUUCCCGGCCAGAAAAGCACGAAGAGCGUGAGCCGCGUCUGACAGGUGCCGUCCCUCGGCUCGGUUCAAAUGCGGCGAGAUGCCGCUGUGCAGAGAACCAUGUCAGAUCUGCGCUCCCGUGCCGAAGGGUAUGAGAAGACAGAGGACCAGUCGGAGAAGACUUCUCUAGCUGACCAGGCGGAUGCACGAUUAAUAUUUAUCAAUCGGCCGCAGUUUAUGAAGUUCUGCAGCAACCGUGUCAGCACGGCAAAGUACAACGUCCUCACCUUCCUCCCGCGGUUCCUCUACUCGCAGUUCAGAAGAGCUGCCAACUCCUUCUUCCUCUUCAUCGCCCUGCUCCAGCAAAUCCCGGACGUUUCUCCGACGGGCCGCUGGACGACGCUGGUUCCUCUGCUCUUCAUCCUGGUGGUGGCGGCAGUGAAGGAGGUGAUCGAGGACCUGAAACGUCACAAAGCAGACAGUGUUGUCAACAAGAAAGAGACGCAAGUGCUGAGAAACGGAGCCUGGGAGAUUGUUCACUGGGAGAAGGUGGCAGUAGGGGAGGUCGUCCGAGCCUCCAACGGAGACCACCUCCCGGCUGACCUCAUCAUCCUGUCGUCCAGUGAACCUCAAGGAAUGUGCUACAUAGAAACCUCAAACCUAGAUGGCGAAACCAAUCUAAAAAUCAGACAAGGUCUGCAGAUCACCGCGGAGAUAAAAGACAUUGAGAGUCUGAUGCGGCUGUCAGGCCGGAUGGAGUGCGAGAGCCCCAACAGACACCUGUACGAGUUUGUGGGCAACAUCCGGCUUGACGGACACAGCACGGUGCCCCUGGGCCCUGACCAGAUCCUGCUGAGGGGGGCGCAGCUGAGGAACACACAGUGGGUGCAUGGCAUCGUGGUCUACACAGGUCACGACACCAAGCUCAUGCAGAACUCCACACGGCCGCCGCUCAAGCUGUCCAACGUGGAGCGCAUCACCAACUUUCAGAUCCUGGUGCUGUUCGGCUGCCUGCUGGCCAUCUCGCUGGUCUGCUCCAUCGGCCAGACCAUCUGGAAAUACCAGUGCGGCGACGACGCCUGGUACAUGGACCUCAACUCUCCAGACGGCGGCGCCGCCAACUUUGGACUGAACUUCCUCACCUUCAUCAUCCUCUUCAACAACUUGAUCCCCAUCAGUCUGCUGGUCACACUGGAAGUAAUCAAGUUCAUUCAGGCCUUCUUCAUCAACUGGGACACGGACAUGCUGUACGAAGCCACCAACACUCCUGCCAUGGCCCGGACGUCCAACCUGAACGAGGAACUGGGUCAGGUGAAGUACAUUUUUUCCGACAAGACUGGAACACUGACGUGCAACGUGAUGCAGUUUAAGAAGUGCACCAUCGCUGGCGUGGCCUAUGGCCACACGCCCGAGGCGGAUGAUGGUAGUCUCGCAGAGGAGGACUGUCACAGCUCUCAGUCGACGGAGGAGGCUGGAUUUAAUGACCCCAGCUUACUGGAAAACCUCCAAAGCAAUCAUCCCACUGCACCAGUGAUCAUGGAGUUCAUGACCAUGAUGGCAAUCUGUCACACUGCCGUCCCUGAGCGCAAUGGAGACACUAUCAUCUACCAGGCUGCCUCUCCAGACGAGGGAGCACUGGUUCGCGCUGCACGCCAGCUUGGCUUCGUGUUCUCCGCCAGGACCCCGGACAGCGUCAUCGUGGAGGCGCUUGGUGAAGGAGAGAAAUAUGAACUGCUGCACGUCCUGGAGUUCACCAGUGCCAGGAAGAGGAUGUCUGUCAUCAUGCGCACUCCGUCCGGAAAGAUCCGCCUUUACUGCAAAGGAGCUGACACCGUCGUCUAUGACCGCUUGGCAGACAACUCCAGAUAUAAGGAUAUCACGCUGAAACAUCUGGAGCAGUUUGCUACAGAGGGUCUGCGUACACUGUGUUUUGCCGUGACAGACAUCACCGAGUCAGUGUACCAGCAGUGGCAGGAAGUGCACCAUCGAGCUUGCACCUCUCUGCAAAACCGAGCUCUCAAACUGGAGGAGAGCUACGAGCUGAUUGAGAAGAACCUGCAGCUGCUGGGAGCCACAGCAAUCGAGGACAAGCUCCAGGACCGCGUCCCUGAGACCAUCGAGACCCUCAUCAAGGCUGACAUCAAGAUCUGGAUCCUGACCGGUGACAAGCAGGAGACGGCCAUCAACAUUGGGCACUCCUGCAAACUACUGACCAAGAACAUGGGCCUGCUGGUGAUUAACGAGGAGUCUCUGGAUGGCACGCGGGAGACUCUGAGUCACCACUGCAACAUGCUGGGGGACGCCCUGCACAAGGAGAACGACUUUGCACUCGUCAUCGACGGGAAGACGCUGAAGUACGCCCUGACGUUCGGCGUGCGGCAGUACUUCCUGGACCUGGCGCUCUCCUGCAAGGCGGUCAUCUGCUGCAGGGUGUCUCCUCUGCAGAAGUCGGAGGUGGUGGAGAUGGUGAAGAAGCACGUGAAGGUCAUCACUCUGGCCAUCGGCGACGGCGCCAACGACGUGGGCAUGAUCCAGACGGCUCACGUGGGCGUGGGUAUCUCGGGCAAUGAGGGUCUGCAGGCUGCCAACUCGUCGGACUACUCCAUCGCACAGUUCAAGUAUCUGAAGAACCUUCUGUUGGUGCACGGGGCUUGGAACUACAACCGCGUGGCCAAGUGCAUCCUGUACUGCUUCUACAAGAACAUCGUGCUGUACAUCAUCGAGAUCUGGUUUGCGUUUGUGAACGGCUUCUCUGGUCAGAUCCUUUUUGAGCGUUGGUGCAUUGGCCUGUACAAUGUGAUCUUUACAGCUUUGCCUCCCCUGACCCUGGGCAUUUUUGAGCGUUCUUGCCGGAAAGAGAACAUGCUCAAAUACCCAGAACUGUACAAGACUUCCCAGAAUGCCAUGGGUUUCAACACCAAGGUCUUUUGGGCCCAUUGUCUGAACGGACUCUUCCACUCAGUCAUCCUCUUCUGGUUCCCCCUAAAAGCUUUCCAGCAUGAUACAGUGUUUGGGAAUGGUAAGACCCCGGACUACCUGCUCCUGGGGAACAUGGUGUACACAUUUGUGGUGAUCACGGUAUGUCUGAAGGCAGGCUUGGAGACUUCCUCCUGGACCAUGUUCAGUCAUAUAGCCAUCUGGGGCAGCAUAGCAUUGUGGGUAGUGUUCUUUGGAAUCUACUCCUCUCUAUGGCCUCUCAUCCCUUUCGCUCCAGAUAUGUCAGGAGAGGCAGAUAUGAUGUUCAGCUCCGGAGUGUUCUGGACGGGACUGUUGUUUAUUCCAAUCACCUCGCUGGUGUUUGACCUGGCCUAUAAAGUUAUAAAAAAGGCAUGCUUUAAGACCCUGGUGGAUGAGGUACAGGAACUGGAAGCUCUGUCGAAGGACCCUGGAGCUGUGGUUCAUGGGAAGAGUUUGACCGAGAGGGCCCAGCUACUGAAGAAUGUUUUCAAGAAGAGCACCGUCAGCCUGUACCGCUCGGACUCCAUGCAGCAGAGCUUACUCCAUGGCUACGCUUUCUCUCAGGAUGAGAAUGGAGUGGUUUCCCAAUCUGAGGUCAUCAGGGCCUACGACACCACCAAGCAGCGGACCAAUGAGUGGUAGGCAGGAUUCUGUCCCCCUAACCCGUACAGACGAGAUGCUUCUGUUGUGUCGCCCCAUCCGGGUUGCUCCGGAGGAGCAGGGAGUGUGUUCAGCCCCGUGCGAUUCGUCUGAAAGUCUUUUCAGUGAUCUAGUUGGUUUGCGUUUGGUAAUUGUCUUGGAGAGACAGAGAAAUGACCCCUCGAAACUGUAGUGCCAUUGCCUUGGGGGCGGACAAAGAGGAUUUAGCCUGGUGAUCCACCCAGUAUCAAAAUGACUUUGUCUCUAUAGUUAUUUUGUGAAUUUGUAUUUUUAUAUUGGAGAAGCAAAACUUUUUGGAUUGACCUGCUUUGUAAUGAGCUGUCGUUCUUCACUUUUGUUGUUAAUCUUCGGAAAAGCGAUGGUGGAGAAUGAGCUUAGUUUAUCUGUGACUAAAACGUGUCUUGUUAAGAUUAUUAAGGCUUCUCUUAUUUAUGGUCAAGCUUGCGUGCUGGUUCUCUUCUCCCUGUGGGAGAGCAGGUUUCGUACGUUGCGUGUGCUUUGCGUGUUGUCUGCAUGUGCAUGUGAGAGAAUGCGCGGACGGACAUUUCUGUGUGUGUAUAUGUGCGUAUGUUUGAGUGCGCGUACCUGUUGUCAAGCAUGUCUGUUAAAUUAACCCCAGGGAGAUUACUAACUGCUAGUUCCUCAUGAUGAAAAUCUUGGUCUUUUUGUAUGCAAGAAGGGAUGCAAUGUAUGGGAACGGCUUGGGUGUGGAUGUGUGUAUGUAUGUGUGGUGUGGUUAUGAAUGUAUGAACCCCACACUUCGGUGUGGGUGUGGGUGUGGGUGUUUGAGAGCUGCUGCUUGCUCUUCCACUGUGUGACUCCAGGUGUAAUUACAAUGAGAUAUGUUCCCUGCAUGACCUUGGGUGUAUGUCAGAUGGGAGUGUGCCUACGAGCGUGCAUCUAAGCCUUUAGCCUGUCCCGAGUAGAGGUGUCCUUGUUAGUAACGCUGAGCUACAGUUUGACCCAUGAUGUUGCACAAUGCACUGUUAAUAUCUGCAGUGGUGACUGAGCUCUGUGAUCUGGGUAGUAUUUGUUUCCAGUAUUAUUUUUACCUGGUUGUACCUACAUGCUUGUACUUUUGUUUCAAAUCUCAUACAGUAUAGCUCUCUUUUAAAACUACUAUAUGAGUGUUUUUCUUUUUCGGCUACUGUAAAGUGCAACUCCAGUGCAUCUGUCUCCUGGUCUUUGCUUUCAAUGGUGGUUUCUGUUUUGAGUGUUGCUGUUGUGGGUUCUUGUUGAAGCAAACGCUGGAUGUUUCCUGACAGAACAGCAGAUGAGUCAGGCUUCAGCACACCGUUGUCUGUGGACGUGAUUGACUGCAUGACUGGUUUAAAUGUUAGUCGUACACCAGUUUUCUUUUUAGUAUCAGUCACGUUAAACAAGAAAAUGCACUUUUUAAAUUUGUAUUAACUUUGUUCUUUCUUUUAUGUCUUCAUUGUUUGAUGAUUGUUCAGCAUGUUGGGACUGCAAAAUUUUAAGUGUUCUGUCUUUUACUGCCAUAAAGUGAAAUAAACUUUACAACUUGAAAAUGAAAA